AUGUUUAACAAGACUUCGCGUGAUCCUUAUGAGAAAUUCAUUUUACAACACCUGCGGCACUACGGACUUUUUCAAGGCAGGGGCACAUCCUUCCUCCAGCUUCUGUCAGCCAGCAGGGAGCCAGGGCUAAGACAUGACCCUGUACUCUCAGACAUCAUUAGUUCACCUGCAGGCACUGAGGACACCAACAUGGAGGAGGAGGAGGAGGAGGAGGAGCCUCCCUCAGUCUCUUUCCAUCUUGGAAAAGUCAUUAGGACCAGACAGCUACUCUUUGACUUUGAUGGUGGGCGCCCUGUGCCACGUCUGAGGGAACCGCUCAACCUCUUCUCCAUUCCAUCCUCCUCCUGUUCACCCCAUGGCAUCCGAUGGCCCAUUGAGUGUGAUGUCAUCAAGGAAGACGUCCAACACAUUGAAUGGGACCCACCUGAACCAGAGCCAUUCAACCAGUUCACAGGCCAAGAGCGGACACCCAUGCCAGUGGGCGACGAGAAAGGAAACGUAGUAUUCUGCAUAGAUCCAGCCACGAAGAUGACGUAUUUCAGCGACUCUCGUGUUGGUGGUAGCAGAGGCCCGAUAAAGAACGCCAGAGCCUGUGCCAACAGGGAGGAUGAGACUUUACUGGUCUUUGAAUCCCGCUUUGAGAGUGGCAACCUCCAGAAGGCAGUGCAGGUGGGUCUCUAUGACUACGAACUCACUUUGCGCUGCGACCUUUACACCAACAAGCACACACAGUGGUUCUACUUCCAGGUACGACGCAUGAAGUCUGGGGUCACAUACCGCUUUACCAUCGCUAACCUGAUGAAGGCUAGCAGCCUGUACAGUGCUGGCAUGCGUCCCCUGCUCUACUCUGAACGUGCUGCCAGGCUUAAGGGUAAAGGCUGGCACCGAGCUGGCACCAAUAUCAGAUAUUACCGCAAUUACUGUGAGCAGGAAGGCAAGGCGCUGUACUCUCUCACCUGGACCCUUCAGUUCCCCUAUGAUGAUGACACCUGCUACCUUGCCCACUGUUAUCCCUACACCUACUCCCAGCUGCAGCGUUACCUCCGAGGGGUGGUGUCUGACCCAGCCAAAGCCUCCUACUGCAAGAUCCGUGUGCUGUGCCGCAGCCUGGCGGGAAACUCUGUAUACGUGCUGACCGUAACGGCGCCCAGUAACAGCUGGCAGGAGAGCCGCUCAAAACGGGCAGUGGUGGUGACAGCUCGCGUCCAUCCGGGUGAGACCAACGGAUCGUGGAUGAUGCAGGGCUUUCUGGACUUUUUACUGGGGGAUUCACCUGAUGCACGUCUGCUUCGGGAGACCUUCAUCUUCAAGGUGGUGCCGAUGCUGAACCCUGACGGUGUAGUAGUUGGAAACUACCGCUGCUCUCUGUCUGGACGAGAUCUCAACCGUAACUAUCGCACGCUGCUGAGAGAAGCCUUCCCCUGUGUGUGGUACACUCGCAACAUGGUCAAACGGCUGCUGGAUGAGAGAGAAGUGGUGCUUUACUGUGAUUUCCAUGGACACAGCAGGAAAAACAAUGUGUUCAUGUACGGCUGUGACACCAGGGAUGAUGUAUCAUUGCGCCUUCAUGAACGGGUCUUUCCUCUCAUGAUGAGCAAGAAUGCCACAGACCAGUUUUCAUUCAGGAGCUGCAAGUUCAAAGUACAGAAGAGCAAAGAGGGGACGGGCCGUAUCGUCAUGUGGAAGCUUGGCAUCAGGAACAGCUACACCAUGGAAUCCACGUUUGGAGGCUCCACUUUAGGGAACAGAAAAGGAACCCAUUUCUCCACCCGUGACCUGAAACGGAUGGGAUACUACCUCUGUGAAACAUUACUGGACUUCUGUGACCCUGACCAAACCAAGACAGAGCACUGCCUAGCAGAACUCAGGGCCUUACUGAAACAGGACGUCAGACAGAAGCUUGGCAGAGAAGUGGACUCUGACGGAUAUCUAGGAAACCUGUCUGACAUAGAGUCCAGCACAAGUGGAUCAAACAGCACAGAGUCAGAUGGCCUGCCUCUGCAUUUUAUGAACUGUUCAGACCAGGGUAGGAAGAAAAAGGUUCUCAGGACCCGAAAAGAAAGGAACAGACUACGAAAAGGCGCAGCACAAAACACACGACCUAAGGUCUUUUACACCAAUUUUGAACAUCUGCAGGAUCCCACAGAUGGAGACAUGCUUAAGAUGAGGCACCAUGAAAAAACAACUUCUGAUGUGAAAGAAAACAAAAAAAGACAGAAGGUUCCAUUUGUUGUGAGACUAUCAUCUCAGACGGGAAGGUCAGGGGCACCUCAUCCAAUUGCAUGCAUCGAUAUUAUUGAUCAUGUGACCCUUUGGGAGGACAAGAUAAAAAAGCGUCAGACUCAGCACCACGCCCUGUCUGUGCCACCCGUCCAGUACAGGUACCCUUCUGUGGCAACCCUUAGAGACUGGACUCAGACCACGCCUGUCCAGCUGUAUCCCAUGCCCUUCAACCCCGACAUCAAAACUCAGGCAUGCAUCAAAGACGGACAGACUCCUCAGGUUGGAUCCUCAGUUGAUGACAUCAAGCUCUUUCCCCUCAUGGAAGGUGAUGGACUGUGGAUAUCUGAAGAUUUGACUCAAGAGGUCUAG